AUGUCCAAGAACCAGCCGGCCCGGGCCGCCGCCAUGCUCCCCCUGUGCUCCUGCGAGCUGUUCACGGCCUGCCUGCCCACCCGCCUGCCCUCCAUCCUGCUCCUGGGCCUCCUGUACGUGGUCUACGUGCUCACCGGGGGGGCGGUGUUCUGGAAGCUGGAGGGCCCCGCCAUGGAGGGGGAACUGCGGAAGAUCCGGGAGGAGGUGGUCAGGCUGAGGAGGGAGAUGCCGUGUCUGAACCAGGACAACAUCGUGGGCGCGGCGGAGGUGCUGCACAGGGCGGCCUCCAACGGGAUCAGCCUGAAGGACAACCACACGGGGGACGGCGUCUGGAAGUUCACCACCUCUGCCGUCUUCGCUGCCACGGUCGUCACGACGAUCGGCUACGGGAACAUCAGCCCCAGCACGACGGCGGGGCAGAUCUUCUGCGUGUUCUUCGCCCUGUUCGGCAUCCCGCUCAACGUGGUCGUGCUCAACAAGAUCGGAAAGUACAUGCUGGCCAUCGCCCGGAUGGUGACCGACCUCAUCCAGAAAAAGACCAACCAAAAGAGAGGCAUUAACGUGUUCAUCCACCUGCUCUCCUUCGUGUGCGGGGUGAUGGUGUUCUUCGUGGUGCCCAUGGUGGUGUUCAAGUUCUUCGAGGGCUGGUCGUACUCCCAAGCCAUCUACUACUGCUUCAUUACCCUCAGCACCAUCGGCUUCGGAGACUACGUGGCAGGUUCAUCGUUAGAUGACAACGCAGAGAGGGUGUACCCAGACUGGUACGGGCCCCUGAUGGGGGUGUGGAUCUUUUUCGGCCUGGCCUGGCUGUCCCUGCUCAUCAACCACGGCAUCGAGAUCCUGGAGGAACUCAACAAGCAGUGGAAGUUCGGAGAGGAACAGGAACCCGACCAAUCAGAGGAGCCGCCUGCCGCAGACACCCAGAUGACCGAGAUUCAAACGCCGAGCGACAGUCCUCACCCCCUGGACGAAUGGGAUGGCCGGUUUCUCCUGCCGAACCCAUCCGGGGAGCUGAGCGGGGCUGAGGAGGUGGGGCUGGGCCGGGGCUGUUACAUAACGAGGUGGGGGGUCGCCGACUCGCUUAGCCUGCCGCCAUGGAGACGGUCCGCCGGUUGCUCUGCUUCCUGUGAUCUCUGCCACCGGGCCCCCGCGCUCACGGGGAAUUCUCCCAGUACCCUGGCGCUGGUGUCCCAACACGCCCAGGGUCUGCAGCCAUGGUCCCGGAGAAUAACCGCAGGUGCUGUUCCCUUCGAGAAGUACAGGUAUGCCCUGAGGCGUACGCGGCUCUGCACGUUCUCUCCCGAAGCAAACGAGCCGCACCAGAGACACGUUCGCUCGGAGAAACAGGCCGACGAAGUGGCGUCGCAACGCUGGUGGGAACACGGGGAGCUGGGGAACAUCCCGUAUGGUCACAGGCUGCAGGCCGUUGACACAAGAGGACCGGAUGAUGAUUGA